AUGACUUCGCUGUGGAUACUGCGCUUGAUCCCGCUGCUUGUGGUCGCGUUCAGGCCCGUUCAUGCGGUCACAAUGGAAGCCGUCGAGAUUUUCUCGGGCGUCAACUGUGCUGGAACGCCAGACGUGUUGGCCAUGUACAAUGUGUCUGCGAGCUGCGCCGUGGACGCGUGCAGUGAUAUCAACUUCGGCAAUGACACGUACUACAUCAGCCGGGCGUGUAACAUCUCGGACAGAUUUGCUCAUACUCAACAGGUAUUCGGAGACUUCACCCGGGCGUGUAACAUCUCGGACAGAUUUGCUCAUACUCAACAGGUAUUCGGAGACUUCACGUACGUGAUCAUGGAGACAUACGACAACAAAAGCUGUACGUCAUUCGGGGAGGCUGAUGUGUUUCUAGCAUCAGGAAGCUGCGAGAUCUCGUCUGGGUUCGGGGACCAGUCGGCCAUCACGAGUCUCUUUUCCAAUGGAUCCGCCGUUGUGGCGCUGUAUUCUAACAACGCGUGUGGAGGAGAGCCUUCGUUGUACUUUGAACUUGAUAGUACUGCGCUAUCCACAGGCUCGUGCCAGCGAGAUCUGUACAGAUUUUACAGCAGUGAGAGCAUCUCUGGUCAAAUUGGAAGCAGUACUUCAGGGUCGAGCAACGGUGCAGUUGCAAGUGUCGAUCAUGACUCGGACAGCUCCAGUAUCGGCGUUGGUGCGAUAGUUGGCAUUGCCGCAGCAGCUUUGGUAGUUGCGUUGGUUGUCGCUCUGCUUCUUGCUCGUCGCACCCGUAAAAAAAGUGGAGCUGAAAUGGACGAGAACGACGCAUUUAAUGAGUUUCAAUCCCCUCAAAAUGGCGAUAAGGACGGAUCCUUGACUGCCCAAGGAUCUCUAGAGACGUCCUCAGUACAUGGUCACAGUGAAUCACCCAAGCCACUCAGUCUUGUUGGGUUGUGGGAUGAUGAAGUUAUCGCUACAGCUCGGAUCCCUCGCGAGAAGGUCGUCAUUCUUCGUCACAUCUGUCGGGGAGGUGGCGGUGAGAGGUACGACGACAAGGCGGAUAUGUUCUCGUUCGGUGUUUUGCUGUCUGAAUUGGAUGUGCAUGUACUUCCAUACUCGCACGCAAAGGAGAGGGAUGUUCAAGUAGCGGAUACUGUCACUUUACAAAAGGUUGCUCUAGGUACUUUGCAGGUCGAGUUUUCAUCGAGUUCGUUGGGAUCCGUGGUGGAUCUGGGUUUGUCGUGUGUGUCACGAAACCCGAAGGAGCGCCCAACCUCAGCCGAGGCACUCUAUCGACUACACACGAUCUUAUCGCAAGAAAUGUAG